UUCAAACACAUCAUCAAAAAUUAAGCUAAUAAUUCUAUCUCCAACAGCCAAAACUUUCUCUCAUUUAUUCUGCAACUCUCAAACUGAAACUCAUCAGAUUAAUAAUGUCAAAAGUUCAUCCUUUAGUUAGCAGUGACAGAAAUGAAUCUUCUUCUUCUUCUUCUGCUUGUUGCAGCUCUUCCAUGGCGGAUUCGAAAAAAGAAACUUUUACAAUUUGGAUGAAGUCUCUUGUGAUGCAAGCAAAUGGUUGCACUGUUUAUAAUGAAAAUGGUGAAAUUGUUUUUAGGGUUGAUAAUUAUGAUAAGAAAGGAAGUAGUGAAGUUUAUCUCAUGGAUCUUCAAGGCAGAGUUCUUUUUACCAUAAGGAAACAAUUGCUUUUCAGACAAUGGAAAGGAUACAAGAAUGAUGCUGAUGGCUUAAAAUCAAAAUCACAAAAACCAUUCUUUCAAAUUAGAAAAAUUUCAAGAAUUCUCAAAGGAAAUUUAAUUUAUAAAAUUUCUCAAGAUGGGUGCUAUUAUAAAUUAGAAGCCUCGGCUGGAAAAUCAGCAUUCAAGAUCACAAAUUGCAGCAAUGGAGUAGUAAUUGCAAAGGCUACAAGAAAGCAAACAUCAACAGGAAUUGUGUUAGGAGAUGAUGUGUUGACAUUAAUGGUGGAGCCUAAUGUUGAUCACUCCUUUGUCAUGGCUCUUGUGACUGUUUAUGGAUUGAUGAUGAACAGAUUGUGAAAAAUAUUUAGAUAUAAAUUUUUUAGGAUCCUCUUAUUUAAUUUGUUAACUGACUUCAAUUGUAUUAGCUGAUCUAUAUAGAGAGAGAAUUUUGACCCCUUUUUGUGAGGAAGUAGUUUUUUUACAAUAUUUUUUUUGUAUACAAAAGCUGUAAUUACAACCAAAUAUUUAUAUUGGAAUUGCAUCAAGAUUCAUUUGUACA